CAGAGAAGACCUGAGUGGAAUUUGGAGUCCAAAGCAGCAUGUGGAAUUAUCAGAAGCUGGGUUUAACUGAGUGACGGGACUGAGAACGGCCAACAGCCAACAGAGAUGUGGAUCUGAGAGCACUCCAUUCACUUGAAGAGCAGAAGACACACUUUUAUUGCACAGACCACAAGUCUAUAAAAGUUUUUCUGAUUAGAAUUGACUAGUAUCUCUUUGGAGGCCUGGUCCAGGUAUUAGCUGAUUUUAAAUUCAUUACUUCAAAAACUAAAUAAUGUCUGGAUUGUUGUCCAAACAGCUUGCUCUUUCACUUAAAGACAAAAGCAAAUUGAUAAAAUCCGAGACAGGGCCUUCUGUUUACAUAAUUCCACAGAAAGAACAAAAAAUCGAUGAAAAAGGGUGCAAGAAAUUCAGUUUUGGGAAAGAGUCCCAAACUGGUAAAACUAAUCGCACCAUAAUGGUUCUCGGAGCAACUGGGGCUGGGAAGUCAACUCUCAUCAAUGGGAUGAUCAACUACAUUCUAGGUGUUGAAUGGGAUGAUCCAUAUCGGUUUAAGUUAGUUGACGAGGAUCAGUCGAGAUCGCAAGCUGAAAGCCAGACCUCUGAAGUCACUGUGUACGAAAUUAACCACCAAGAGGGCUUUGAAAUCCCCUGCUCUCUAACUAUUGUUGAUACCCCAGGCUUUGGAGAUACAAGAGGCAUACAUAGAGACAAGGAGAUGACAGAACAGAUUCGUAAUCUCUUCUCUGCCGAGCAUGGCGUCAGUGAAAUUGACGCUGUGUGUUUUGUAGUUCGAGCUUCUUCAGCUCAGCUCACACCAACACAUAAGUAUGUGUUUGAUUCUGUGCUCUCAAUCUUUGGCAAAGAUGUGGAAGAAAACAUCCAGGUUCUGGUGACAUUCACAGACGGCCAACGCCCACCAGUUCUAGAGGCGAUCAAUGCUUCAGGCGUCCCUUGUCCUAAAACAGAAGACGGGCUGCCAGUUUACUUCAAAUUCAAUAAUUCUGCAUUGUUUGCACAGAACCAAUCAUCUGCUGCUGCUGCUGCUGACUCGAGCGGGGAUGAGGAAUAUGAAGGCUUUGACAAGAUGUUCUGGGAAAUGGGGGCAAAAAGCAUGAAGAAGUUCUUUGUUGCUUUAGAUAGGAUGACAACCAAAAGCUUAACAAUGACAAAGGAAGUCCUCGGAGAAAGAAAUCAGCUCCAGAUCUCAGUUGAAAAUGUGCAAAAGCAGGUUAAAGUAGGGUUGGCCAAGCUUGAGGAGAUUAAAGAGACAACUGAAAAACUUAAACUGCAUGAAGCAGAGAUCAGCAGAAAUGAGAAAUUUGAGAUUGAAGUAGUCGUCAUAAAGCCUUUUCAAGAAGAUAUUUCUGGCACUGGAGACUUCAUCACCAACUGUAAGGUGUGUAAUGUCACCUGUCACGGGUCAUGUCCAAAUGCCAACGAUGCAGAUAAAAUAAAGUGCUCUGCAAUGGGACCAGAUGGAAACUGUACUCAGUGUAAAGGCAAAUGUCAUUGGAGUAAACAUUUUAGCCAGAAGUACAGAUGGGAGUAUAAGAAGGUUAAAGAAAUGCUAACAUUGGAUGAUCUGAAACAAAAGUACCUGGAAGCCUCAGAGGCUAAGGUAACUGUUCAGGAAGUGAUCGACGAGCUGAAGGUUGAAUAUCAGCGUCAUCAGGCUGAAGUGAUGGAGAUAAUGAAGAGCUCAGCCAAGUGUCUAAACAGACUAGGAGAGAUCGCACUGAAGCCAAAUCCUCUCUCCACUCCAGAGUACAUUGACCUCCUUAUUGAGGGAGAGAAAGCUGAGGGCAAGUCAGGCAGGAAGCAACGAGUUGAGUACCUGAUGGAGAUGAGAGGACAAGCAGAGCUCAUGGCAGAGUAGGCAGAGGAGGAAACCUGCUUGAAAGUUAAGAAUCUUUAACUGAGGGCAACAUCAAGACCAGCUCCAACUAGGACCAAGACAAGAGCUGAACAUGAUUUAAAAGAAGAGACGUGUAUAUACAAAAUAUUGGUAUUUUAUAGGUGUUCUGUUAACUGAGGUUCAGAGGAUGAAUAUAUUUUAACUAAGAGAUGAUCUAAGAAAUCAUUCAAAAAUCCCUUUUAGCAAGUUACUUUGAAACGUGAAUAAAGAUUUUCUUUCAACACUCUUUCAGGAAUGCAACAUACAAACCCGUUUUAUUGACAUCAAGUAGUUCAAUAUGUUACCAUUUUGAGAUUGUUUCCAAUCAUGAUAAAACAGCAACUCUCCUCUGGAUCCUCUCUUAACAGGGGGUUCUAAAAACUGAAUUAAAGAUUUAAGACAUUACAAUACAAAUAAUUAAUAACAGAAUUGGAAAUAAAAGAAAAACUACAAUACAACUCAACAUCCUGUCCUGGGCAUUAAUCCUGGGCUCGAAAGCCAAAAAGAGUCAUGGCAAUUUAAACCCCCAUGUCAGCACAUUCUUCAGAAAAAUUGUUGACUUCGAGUGGAUGUCUGUGUAGACAAGUGCUCCCCUCCUUGUUUUCUUUUCUGUCUCCCUGCUGCCCAGGUGCACCUGGUCUGCCCCUGGCUCCGCCUCUGCCCAGGUGUUCCAAAUUCCACUCAGCCGUGUAUAUAUAAAGAGAAGCUGGAGGAGAAGGAUGUCUUGGCCUAUCCUAACGCCAGGAGACACUCUCCUUAGAAUACCUCUUUGCCAUUUUGAGCUGUAGGCCAUAUUUUUGCAGAUGUGUUUAUGUUUAGCCGGGAGGACCUGGUAGUCCAGU